AUGGUGCUCGCAAAGUCCAAGAAGGCCGUCGGCCUGGGCAACAGUCUGAUGAACGACAGAUUCGGCAAGGGCAAGGGUGCGGACAUGCGCCGCGGCAACUUCCAGGGCGGUAUUGAACGAACAGGCCAAAACGGCGAGAGGUACAUCACCAACGAGAAGAAGGAGGCUUCGUGGGUGAAGAUGCGCUCGGUUACCGAGCAGGGUGACCUCGACGAAUUUCUGUCGACUGCAGAGCUUGCCGGCACCGACUUCACCGCGGAGAAGAUGAACAACGUCAAGAUCAUCCACAAGGACCAGAAGAACCCGUACCUGUUGUCUGCGACCGAGGAGCGCAACCUCGUCAAGAGGCAGAAGGAGAACAAGGACAAGCUGACGGUUCCGAGGCGACCGAAGUGGGACUCCAAGACCACACCCCAGCAACUGGACACACGCGAGAAGGAAGCCAUGCUGCAGUGGAGGCGAGGUCUUGCCGAGAUCACAGAGAACAACGACCUGCUGACCACACCGUUCGAGCGUAACCUCGAGGUCUGGAGGCAGCUGUGGCGAGUCAUUGAGAGGUCAGACUUGGUCGUCCAAAUCGUGGAUGCGCGAAACCCGCUUCUGUUCAGAUCCGAGGACCUGGAGGUCUACGUCAAGGAGGUCGACCCCAAGAAGAACAAUUUGUUGCUGGUCAACAAGGCAGAUAUGAUGACACUCGAGCAGCGAUCGGCUUGGGCUGACUACUUCGAGGAGAACGGUGUCAACUACAAGUUCUUCUCGGCUGAGUUGGCCAAGGAGAUGAACGAGGCAAGAGAGCUGGCCGAAGAGGGUGCCGAAUCCGAGGAGUACUCGGAGGAGGACGAGGAGGACGAGGAAGAUGCCAAUUCCGAGGACGAUGAUCUUGCAAAGGAAGCGAAGAAGAUCGACCUGCAAGACAAGAAAGAGGAGCAGGAGAAGUGGGUUGAAGAGGAGACAAUCGACACUCCCGGCGACGGCAUACAGCUGGCAGACGGCGACGAGCGAACCCGGAUAUUGACCACCGACGAGUUGGAGGCUUUGUUCCUCCAACAUGCGCCCGAAAUUGAUACCGGACCAGACGGCCAGCCUCGCAAGACCUCGAUUGGUCUGGUUGGUUAUCCCAACGUCGGUAAAUCGUCCACCAUCAACGCUCUCAUCGGCGCAAAGAAGGUGUCAGUAUCAGCCACGCCAGGAAAGACAAAGCACUUCCAAACUAUCCACCUCAGUGAGAAGGUUGUUCUUUGCGAUUGCCCUGGUCUUGUGUUCCCCAGUUUCGCAACCACCAAGGCUGAGCUCGUCUGCGCUGGUGUGCUCCCCAUCGACCAACUGCGAGAGUACACUGGACCUGGAGGUCUUGUCGCCCAACGCAUUCCUCAACCCUUCCUCGAGGCCAUCUACGGUAUGAAGAUGCAAAUCCGCCCCGUUGAAGAAGGCGGCACUGGUGUUCCUACGUCAGACGAGGUGCUGCGCGCCUACGCCAUCGCGCGUGGAUUCCAAACACAAGGUCUUGGUCAGCCAGAUGAAUCGCGAGCAGCGCGUUACAUCCUGAAGGACUACGUCAAGGGCAAGCUGCUCUUCUGCCAUCCCCCUCCCAUGGACCCGCCUAUCGAUCCCAAGUACUUCAACCGCGAGCUCUACGAUGCUGCACAUUUGCCUGAGAAGCGCCGCGCACGUCUUGCGCGCAUGACUGAAGCUGCCGAGGAUGACUCUCUCAUGGAGUCUGACGAGUUCGGUCUAGCUCCCAAAACGGGAGAGAAGUCUAAGCACAUGGACAAGAGGUUCUUCGGUCCUGGACAGGGCAUGGCGCACGUCAACAAACCCUUCAACUACAAGUACAGCGAGCAGGGCAAGGAGCUGAGCGGCAGGAAACUCAAGCAGAUGACUGCUCUCAACAUGGAUGCCGAUCCGGCGGACUUGAAGUUGAACAGCAAGAAGCACUUCAAGGCGAACAAGAGGAGGGCGAAGAAGGUGCGAUCGGAGUACGAGUAG